AUGUACACCAGACCACCUUUUUUUACGAAGAGAGUUAACGCUUACCAAAAAGUCGUAAGUAGUCUGGUGAAUAUCCAGUUUUUCAUUCCCUUGAAACAUAACCUUCCGGUUUAUUGGAAAGUGCUUUUUCAUGGACAUUUGGCACAAGCGUUCAGUGAUUUAUCUGCUCAAAUUUUGAACGUUAGCUAUGAAUUCUUUCACGGCGUGGUUUCAGAACUUAAUCGGAUUUUUUCUUUUGAAAUUCUUGGGCUGCAGAACGACCCAGAGGGAAACAGUCGCACUAUUUGUGAAACUGUAAGAGAGAACUAUUUGUUGCCUGGCGUACGAGAUAAAACUACGUCUGCCUUUAUGAAUAGUUUUGGUGCAAAUUUAGGUGCUGACGUGAUCACUGUCCGUUUGUCACACCAAUGUUGGUUAAUAUGUGGUGGUGGCAGCAGCGGCAGCGGUGGUGGCAGCAGCGGUGGCUGCAGUGGUAGCGGUGGUAGCAGUGUUGGCAGCAGUGGUGGUAGUAGUGGUGGCAGCGGUGGUGGCAGCAGCGGUGGUAGUAGUGGAUGCACGACCUAUGUAUAA